AUGACCAACUCCUGCUGCUUGCCUUGCUGCCAGCCUUCCUGCUGCACAACCAUCUGCUGUAAGCCAACCUGUGUGACAAGCUGCUGCCAGCCCUGCUGCAAGCCCAGCUGCUGUGAGACCACCUGCUGCAGGACCACCUGUUGUAAGCCCACCUGUGUGACCAGCUGCUGCCAGCCCUGCUGCAAGCCUAGCUGUUGUGAAACCACCUGCUGCACGACCACCUGUUGUAAGCCAACCUGUGUGACUAGCUGCUGUCAGCCCUGCUGCAAGCCCAGCUGCUGUGAAACCACCUGCUGCAAGACCACCUGCUGUGAGCCAACCUGUAUUACCAGCUGCUGCCAGCCUUGCUGCACAACCACCUGUUGUAAACCAACCUGUGUGACCAGCUGCUGUCAGCCCUGCUGCAAGCCCAGUUGCUGUGAAACCACCUGCUGCAAGACCACCUGCUGUGGGCCAACCUGUAUUACUAGCUGCUGCCAGCCCUGCUGCAAGCCCAGCUGUUGCAAAACCACCUGCUGCACAACCACCUGUUGUAAACCAACUUGCAUGACCAGCUGCUGCCAGCCAAGCUGCUCUAAAACUACCUGCUGCAAGACCAUAUGUUGUAAGCCAACCUGUGUGAGCAGCUGUUGCUGUCCACCCUGCUGCCAACCGAGCUGCUGUGAGACCACCUGCUGCAAGACCACCUGCUGUAAGCCUACCUGUGUGACCAGUUGCUGCCAGCCCUGUUGCAAGCCCAGCUGUUGUGAAACCACCUGCUACAGGACCACCUGUUGUAAGCCAACCUGUGUAACCAGCUGCUGCUGUCCACCCUGCUGCCCACCGAGCUGCUGUAAAACCACCUGCUGUAAGACCAGCUGCUGUAAGCCAACCUGUGUGACCAGUUGUUGCCUCACACCCUGCUGCCACCCCUGUUGCUGUGAGCCUUGCUGCUGCCAGCCUUGCUGCUGUGAGCCCUGCUGCUGUGAGCCCUGCUGCUGUGAGCCCUGCUGCUGUGAGCCCUGCUGCUGCCCAGCCUGCUGUGAAAACACCUGCUGCUAG